CUUUUUAAAGUAAAUCUUUCUCCUAAAUCAGGCAAUUUUGGUUGGAUUUCAUAACAUACCUAUAUAAUUUUUUUCAAUAUACACUCAGCUGAUUUUGAAAGUUUGCGUGAUUUGACCUUUGGAACUUCGUUAUAAUACUUAUCAAUGUUCAACAAACAACCGGUCAGUAAACCGAUUGCAGUUGAGUUGUAGAUUUUGUUAAGAUCGCUCAUAUAUUAAUUUGUUCAAAAUGAAUCAAUUUGGCAUAAUAACGCGAAAUUUUUCAAGAUCUUCUGCUGUACAGAGUGCUAUUAAAAAUGUAACCGUCAUUGGCGGAGGGCUCAUGGGUUCGGGAAUUGCUCAGGUAGCAGCACAAGCUGGUCAAAAUGUGACCUUAGUGGACGUUAGCUCUGAUGUGUUAGCUAAAUCUCAAAAAUCAAGCGACAAUCUGAAUAGAGUCGCUAAGAAGAUUUAUAAAGACAACCUCAGGAGUGAGAAGUUUGUUGCUGAGGCUAUUGCUAGAAUAAAAACCAAUACAGAUCCUGCGGCAGCCAGCCAAGAAGCUGAUUUGAUUGUGGAGGCAAUCGUUGAAAACAUGGAUGUAAAACACCAAUUGUUCAAAAAGCUUGAUGCGGUGGCUCCUGGUCAUACAAUCUUUGCCUCGAACACAUCCUCCCUCUCUAUCAAUGAGAUCUCUUCAGUUGUUAAGAGGACAGACAAAUUUGGUGGUCUACACUUCUUCAAUCCCGUGCCGGUGAUGCGUCUACUUGAAGUGGUUCGUGGUGAGAAAACAUCUGACAAUACUUACAAGGCCAUGAUGGAAUGGGGCAAGUCUGUGGGCAAGACCUGCAUAACUUGCAAAGAUACUCCUGGAUUUGUUGUCAACAGGCUUCUGGUUCCGUAUAUUGCUGAGGCGAUUCGGUUGUUUGAGAGAGGUGAUGCUUCAGCUCGGGACAUUGAUGUGGCCAUGAAGUUAGGUGCUGGUUAUCCGAUGGGACCGCUGGAGUUAGCUGACUAUGUAGGUCUGGACACUAACAAGUUUAUCUUAGACGGCUGGCAUAAUAAAUACCCUGAAGAACCCCUAUUCAAACCCAGCCCUCUCCUUAAUAAACUGGUUUCGGAAGGGAAGCUUGGAGUCAAGAGCGGAGAAGGCUUUUACAAGUAUGAAAAGAAAUGAAGACUAUGAGAUUGUUGUCUCAUUUUUAUAUACAGAUAUAUAUUUGGAUGUUUUUUUUGCUGGCGAGUCUAUUUGGAAUCCUGUUAAAUAUUCAUAAAACAUAUCUUUCUAAUAUUUACAAUAAAAAACCUUUUAUUAAUAAA